AUGUCGCACGUACUCCGAGGCCUAUCAACCCGACCACCCAUCAACCGCGAAGAUUCGUGGAAUCCAAAUACUUCAUCUAGUGCCUUGGAUGUCGAUGGUGUGCUCAGAUCAAAAAAGCAAAAUGAAUACCAUGGGAUAGAGUCUCGAAGCCGUAGCACGACCGCUAUACCUUCGGAUGAAAGCGGCUCGGAAACUCAUGUGGAGGAGAGGCAACGCAAUCGCCGAAAGAGCAUCGAAGUCGUACUAGAGAAAUCUGGAAAGAAAGGCGAGUAUAAAAUCACCGCCAAGGACCCGGAGUUCCAAGAAGCUUUACAGACUGGGCUCCGGCGAGAGGCUGAGAAGCUGAACCAUAAGACCAAAGGUCAGCCAAGGGAUCUUAUCUUCACCCAGCAAUUUACAACGUUCGAUCGCCAAAACGCAACGGCAUCACAGUCGCCCUUUCAUGGGUUCUUCACUCUUUUCUGGCUUGCCAUGGCCUUUUUACUUAUACGGAUAGCAGCUGGAAACUACAGAACUAAAGGCUCAAUCUUUGGAGAUGCAGAGAUCCUGCAUCUGAUGGUCGACAAAGACCUUUUCGUCAUGUUGGCAACAGAUCUCGGAAUGUGCGCAACGACCAUCUUUGGCUUCUUCCUACAGAAAGCCAUUGCAAAAGACUACUUGACGUGGAAUGGUUCAGGGUGGAUUAUCCAGUCGCUGUGGCAAGCCUUCUUCACCUUUACUUUCAUUUGGAUUACCUUCUGGCGUGAGUGGCCUUGGACCCAUACCGUCUUCAUUGUUCUGCAUGUCUUUGUGCUGUUGAUGAAGCAGCAUGCCUAUGCCUUCUACAACGGCUAUUUAUCGCGAGUUUAUAGACGACGGAACAUUUUGCAGGAUAUGCUUAGAGAGCUGGAUGCUAUGAAAUCGGAAGAAGGCUCGACUGAAACGACGCACCUGCCAGAGACGCCAGCUGCUACCAACGUUGGAACCCCCAAUGAAAGCAAUCUGAUCAGCCGAGGGCGCAAAUACUCCCCGCGAUUAUCUGAAGAAAAUUUGGAAAUUGCAAGUAUUGGUCAAGCUAUUGACUCUGGAAAGCCGCUCGACUCGGAACAGAUCGAGGGGUUCCGCCGUGUGUUGAAUACUGAGAUUACAAUCCUCAAUGAGGAUCUACGUGGAAAAUGCACAACGACGGACAACAUUUACCCCAACAACCUCAAUCUCUACAACUUCUUAGAAUGGUCAUGUUUCCCCACGCUCAUCUACGACUUGGAGUAUCCCCGCCAGGAUCGUAUCAACUGGUGGUACGUUGCCGAGAAGUCGGCAGCUACACUAGGUGGCAUUUGGGUCAUGAUCAUUAUCUCGCAAGCGUACAUCUACCCUGUAGUCGUAAAAACUGUACGACAAAAGGAAGCUGGCAUGUCACUGUAUCAGGGAUGGCAAGAAUUUCCAUGGAUUGUCUCCGAUAUGUUAUUCCCCAUGCUCCUCGAAUCACUUCUGAGUUUUUACGUCAUAUGGGAAUGUCUCCUGAACGUACUAGCGGAGCUCACGCGAUUUGCCGAUCGGGGCUUCUAUGGUCCAUGGUGGAAUUCCGUAUCCUUUGAGCAAUAUGCUCGGGACUGGAAUAGGCCUGUUCACAACUUCUUGCUUCGACACGUCUACCAUUCUUCAAUUUCCUUCUUCCAUAUGUCGAGGAUGCAGGCUACCUUCUUUACCUUUUUUCUGAGCGCCGUCGUCCACGAGAUCGUCAUGUUUUGUCUCUUUAAGAAGGUCAGGGGAUAUCUCUUUGCAUUCCAACUUACACAGAUACCCCAGGCAGCGUUUUGCAAGAGUAGGUUCAUGAAGGGAAGAGAUACGCUGGGUAACGUUAUAUUUUGGUUUGGUAUUUUUAUUGGGCCUAGUUUGAUUACGGGUAUGUACCUUAUCAUGUAG